AUGCGUGUUCAGACUUUGUUGGCCAGUCUGCCCGACCGGAAUCCUUCUGAGUGUACUAAUGCUUCGUCCACAGCACCUAGUAGUGGCCGUCGCCGUCGCCUACCAAUUACACCUAUCACAUCUGGUAGUCGCAAUGCUUGCGCUCCGCCCGGCUUUCGGGUCACGCUCAAUCAACAGCCAUUCAUCUAUCCCACUUGUAUCCAAAAUCUCCGCGUAAGUCGAUUGCUGACCCCAUUCCGGCCUGGUGUAGUUCGAGCCAAGGGUCUCAUUGCGCUCCCUAUGAAUACUCGUCUGUCUGGUGGUCUCGGUCCUGGUCCGAGAGCUGAAGAAAUCGGUGGUGAUCUGCGUCGCCACCUCCAGCAGCUCUUUCUUCUGACGCCAUCCCAGAGUCAACCCCAACUUUACCUUCCUCCUAGUGUAGAUACAGACGGACCAGCCCCAGAUCUGCCUCCAGGAAGUAUGGCUUUCCUUCAUGACGGCAGUCAGCAGAUCUGUGCUGCUGUGAGCCGACGGAUACGGCGGUCUAGUCAUGCCGAUCUACAGGUAGGCAACAGAUAA